AUGACUAGCGGCAAUCCAGGAGUAAUUACAUGCAAAGCUGCAGUGGUAUGGAAAUCAGGAGAGCCAUUGAAAGUAGAGGAAAUACAAGUGGAUCCUCCCAAAUCCUCUGAAGUUAGGAUCAAAAUGCUUUGCGCAAGUUUGUGUCACACUGAUUUUCUGUGUCGCAAUGGACUCCCUGUUCCUCUGUUUCCUCGGAUACCUGGACAUGAAGGAGUUGGCAUGAUAGAGAGUGUGGGAGAAGGAGUCACAAAUCUGAAGGAAGGAGAUAUAGUGAUGCCACUCUAUCUGGGAGAAUGUGGGGAAUGUCUGAAUUGCAAAUCUGGGAAGACAAAUUUAUGCCACAAAUAUCCCUUAAAUUUCACUGGCCUAAUGCCAGAUGGCACAUCAAGAUUGCACAUUGGAGAUCAGAUAGUAUAUCACCAUUUUAGUUGUGGUACAUGGUCUGAAUAUGUUGUUAUCGAUGCAAAUUUUGCUGUCAAGGUUGAUCCCCGUGUUUCUCUUGCACAUGCAAGUUUCCUUUGCUGUGGUUUCACCACAGGUUUUGGAUCUGCCUGGAGGGAAGUCACUAUUGAAAAGGGCUCAACUGUUGCUGUUAUUGGUGUUGGUGCUGUUGGACUCGGAGUGAUAGAGGCGGCACGAAUGAAUGGAGCUUCUCGGAUAAUUGGGAUCGACAUAAACAACUUGAAGAAGAAGAAAGGAGAAGCCUUUGGAAUGACUGAAUUUAUCAAUCCAAAAGAAUCUGAUAAACCUGUAUCAGAAUUGAUCAAAGAUACUACAGGUGGGCUGGGUGUGGAUUACUGUUACGAGUGCACUGGAGUUCCAGACCUGCUUAAUGAAGCAAUUGAGGGAUCCAAAGUGGGUCUUGGGACAAUAGUUUUCAUUGGUGCAGGACUUCAUUUAAGUGGGGAGCUCAAAUACAUUCCCCUCUUGUGUGGUAGGACAAUUAAGGGGUCCAUUUAUGGUGGAGUAAGACCUCAAACAGACCUCCCUAAAAUAGUCGAUAAAUGUGUAAAUAAGGAAAUUCAGCUGGAUGAACUAUUGACCCAUGAAGUUUCACUCGAAGAAAUCAACAAGGCAUGGGAGUAUCUGAAGCAUCCUAGCUGUGUUAAAGUUGUUAUCAAAUAUUAG